AUGAAGAGGCGAGCGGAUGAUUUAUUAAUUUGCAGUCCUUGUGGCUUUUCCACAAGACGGAAAAGUCAUCUACUAAGACACAACGACACUGAAAAACAUGUGAGAAACACCAAAAUAGCCUCUAUCAGCGAGCGGCAGACUUUUCCAAAUGGCAGUACAAGCAAUCCCGACAGUGACACAUUAGCCUCGACUGCACAGGCUCAGAGUGAUGAAACCGCAAAGUUUAUAUGGUUUAUCAUGAAGGAAAGUGGUGUAGAUAUGCCUUCAUUUUCUUCUGUGAAGAAUUUGGUAGUAAGUGGUGAUAUGACACCAGAAAGUAUGCUGUCUCGUGAAGAAGGUCCGGAUGGAAAUCCUUUUUGGAUAAUAAAGCCAUCAGCCUUGCUGAAGAUGACACUGGCACAUCCUGAAACUUCCGCAUACUUGUUAAGAUAUGGUCGAGUGUCAUCAGAUGGCACAACAAUGUUGCAAGAGCAAACUGAUGGAUGUAAAUGGGUUCAAGAGAUUCAUACCAAUUAUGCCCAAAAUGGACAGACAUAUUUCUUCUCAGGAGACUUUGUUCAACUAUCUGAUCCAGAGAGCCAAGAGAUUGGACAAAUAUCUUCAUUUCUUCAAGACAUUCAAUAUGACAUUACAUAUGCUAGAGUGAAAAUGUUUAGGAGAAGUGCUGCUGAAAACAGUUUGGUGUGCUUGGAAACAGAAAAGAGAUGGAAUAUUAGUCAUUUGUCUCAAAUCGACGUCACUAGUCAUUCAUUCUACAGAGUUGUCGAUGACAAAGUGAUUCCUCUAACAGAAACGUUCAUAGAUAAAACAGUUAAAAACAGAUCCACUCCUUCCUUCACAGUUCCUAUUAAUUUAUUUUUGGACGACACAAGUGCCAAUAAAUCAAAAAAAUGGAAACCUCUGCACUGUCUGCAACUACAACUUUCUGGACUUCCAAAAAUUCUCAAACAGAAUCCACAAUCUAUUAAAUUUUUGUCAGCUUCCACUGAUGUGCCAAUUCUCGAAAUGGCUCGUGCAGUCAUUUCUGACAUAAAAAAAAUCAGAAAGGCUGAUAAAGAAACCUGUAUAUCAAAAGGAACAGAAAGACAUCCUGAGGAUACAAGUAGAAUUUUAAACCAUCUGUCCAUCAACAACAAUAGAGAGUUAAGACAGGCUCAUGGAUUGAAACCAGCUGAAAAUCCUCUUUGGGAUAUUAUUGAUCCACAUAGGGACAUUCCAGUAGGAAUUUUGCAUUGGUUAUACCUUGGCCUUGGUAAACACAUACUGAAAAUGUGUUUACAAGAACUCUCUGAGCCAAAGAAGGAAGAGCUGAGCCUGUUGAUUGAAAGUAGUGACCAGAGUGGGUUUCAAACAAAAUUAUCUAGUGACACGGUCAGAUACCUAGACAGCAGGCAAGGGAAGGACAUCAAAACUUAUCUUCAAAUUGCCCCAUUCCAUUUUUCAAUGACAGGACUGGAGAGGGCUAAAGUGGACUUACUCUGCCAACUUGCUCAGAUUAGUAAAAUUCUAACAUGUUGGAAUGAAUACACAGAAUUUAAUCUGGCCUGUCUGCAGGACAAAAUUGAUGAAUACCUUCGGGGUGUUUCUGAUAUCUUUCCACAUCUUUUGCAGAAAGUGAAGACACAUCUUUCUGUUCAUAUUGUAGAUGACAUCUUCAGACAUGGUCCAAUGGACAACUACAAAGAAGACGCAUUUGAAAAAAUGCAUGGCCGCAUUAGAGACCAAAUGUUUAAUCAAAACUUGCAUGCAAGAAGCAGGGACACAGCCUAUGCCUUUGCUGAAAUGGAAGUCCUGCAACAUGUUUUAACUGGGGGAUACUUUCCCUCAGGAGAUACAUGGUUACAAGCAUCACAGCUUGUUCAAACUGCCUCUAGCAGUAAAUCGGUUAAGCAUUUUCUGGGCAUUCCUGUAGCAAAUGAGCCAUCCUUUGCCAUCAGUAGAGAUCUCAGAAAAGCAGUGGGAAGACAGAAGGGUUACUUGCAAUGGGAGUAUGUUGAUUCUGAUUCUGUAGAAUCCCUCUCUCAGCUAUACCAGAAUGAGAUCAACUUCCUUGGGGCUCAGAGAAGCUUAUUUAAUGCAGUGAAGGCUCAGUCAGGAGAGUUAGUGAAUAAUGGGAAUUACAUACUUUUCACAGACAAUGACGAUGUGGAAAAUGUUGCUAUGUUUAUCCAGGGAUGGCUUGUUUCAACUGCCUUGGGAGUGCAAGUGCAAAUAGCGCAACUACAUUUAUUUGAGAAAAUUGAAGAUGCCAGAUUAUUUGGGGAAAUGAAUUUUGAGAGGGUGCAAUUAACAGAGCAGAAAGUUUUUAUUCAGUCCUCCAGAAUCAAAAGUGUGAUUUGCUUGGUGCAUGAUUGUUUGAAUGAGGGAUGUAGAAUGAAAGAGGGUGAAGUAAGUGUGCGUGUUGAGCAAGAGAUGAGAGAAGUGAAGAAAAAGUUUUGGAAGCACAAGAAUAACUGUGUGUUUUUUCUGAACAGAUUAAGUUUUGCAAACAAAAAAGACAAAUAUUUUGUUUAA